GUCUCUUCUGAUCGUCAGUCAGAGCGUACUGUAUUCAAUGCAAGACAACUGCGCUAAAUAAGAACACAUUCUCAGGCAAAGCUAAACUUCUAAAAGGUUUCUUGCUUAUCUAAGCCAUCCAGUGGAUUUUCCAGGCAGUGCACAGUUUUGGAUAUUGCUAUCACAUUGAAGAUUCUUAUUACCAUCCAUUCUUAUACUAAAUAUAAAAAAACUGGACUGAUCUAUCUGUCAGAAACGACAUUCAAAGAUAGAUUUCCUAAGGAAUAUACAUUCCCCACUUCCAACAUAUUGAAUUAUGGACUGCCUAAGAACUAUGUGAUGCAGAGUGGAAAGCAUCUUGUCAGCUAAAAAGAAAGCAACAUUCUCAGAAUACCAAUGGAAGCAUCGCAUGUCGCUUACACUGUUGUUGCUGCCCCCACUGUGGUUCCAGGGUACCUGCUCCGGAUGUUCCACGAGUACCAGAGCAAUGCUGUCAUCAGAGAUCACUACAACUACACAGGCAAACUGAAGGAGAACAAGUACAAGGAUGGACUAAAGCCAGAGGCCAUAGCCUUCCUGCUGAUCUGCUUGCUCAUAGUGCUGGAGAAUGCUGUGGUGCUGUUGGCUAUCUGGAAGAAUAAGAAAUUCCACCUGCCAAUGUACUAUCUGUUAGGCAACCUAACACUCUCAGACCUACUAGCAGGCUUCACCUACAUGGUGAACAUUGUGACUUCAGGGGCCAACACGUUAAAGAUGACCCCUGUGCUGUGGUUCCUGAGGGAGGGAGGAGUCUUCAUAACGCUGGCCGCCUCCGUCAUCAGCCUCCUGGCCAUCGCCAUUGAGCGCCACGUCACCAUGGUGAGGAUGAAGCCCUACCGGGGGGCCAAGCGAGGCCGGAUGUUUGCCCUGAUUGGGGCCAGCUGGGUUCUGUCAGUGUUCCUGGGGGUGCUGCCCGUCCUGGGCUGGAACUGUAUGGGCCGUCUGGACCAGUGCUCCACCGUCCUGCCGCUCUUCGCCAAAAGCUACAUCCUCUUCUUCAUCACUGUGUUCACCGCUGUGCUGCUGGCCAUCGUGGUGCUUUAUGUGCGCAUCUUCUGCACUGUCAAGUCCAACACAAAGCACCUGGGCUCUGGCCCGCAGCGCAAAGGCCUGGCCCGCAAGUCCCAGAAGUACAUGGCCCUGCUGAAGACCGUCACCAUUGUGCUGGGCGUCUUCAUCGUCUGCUGGCUGCCUCUCUUCAUCCUCCUCCUGCUGGACUUCUGCUGCCCGGCACGGAGCUGCCAGGUGCUCUUCAAGGCGGACUACUUCCUGGGCAUCGCCAUGUUCAACUCUCUCCUCAACCCCAUCAUCUAUACCCUGACCAGUAAGGACAUGAGGAGGGCCAUCCUGAGGCUGCUGUGUCGACGCUGCCUCCUCACCAAGGAUGGCCAGGUGAAGAAGAUAGGGGUGCCCUUCCUGGAGUGUAGUACCAGUAAGACUGAGGCGCCCUCCCAUAGGCUGGAGGGCUUGGAGACCACAGUCUCCUCUGCCAACUUCACCCCUUCCACUAUUAAAGCCAUCUACCCCAGGAUGUCAAAGACAUGACUUGUCCAUGACGGCCCAAUGUGACUCAAAAAUAAUAAUGGAGUUUGGUCCAAUUACAGUAAGAGCAGAGUUCUGGAUACCCACUUGACUGGACCGCUCUACGGCCCCAUCUUACAGCUGUGAGACUACUACAUGUUACGUAUGGGUUGUAAAUGGAACUAGAAGCAGAGAGGAAGUAAUACUCCUCCUCUCACCUCAAUGGUAGAGAACGUCAGCGGAACCCACCAUUGUCCUAUGUUUGGCCUUCCUCCCCUGGCCUGGCAUUUUCCUCCUGGACAGAUAAGCUGGAGGUUUCCGCUUAAAGACUGGUCGGUCUAUUGUAAGCAAGUCAAACCUCAGUCACAGCGUUAGAGAAAUAAAUACCUUGUUGGUUUUUACUCUUCAGUGCCAAGCAUUUAACGGAUUAAUAUGCUGUUCUCAUACUGUGAAAUUCAUUUUCUUGUAUGCUGAGAUACAGUAUAUCUUUCAUACGUUAAAAAUCUUCCAUAAUCCAAACUGCAGAAAAACCCUCCUGAAGGGUAGAGGUCCCCAGACCAACAUUAGAGGCUUGGUGGCUUAAAGACACACAGAGAAUGUCACAUUGAUGCCUCUUCUGGUUUGCACAUCUUUGGAGGUCUCUAAAACAUGUGGUCCUCUGUAGCUCAGCUGGUAGAGCACGGUGCUUGUAACGCCAAGGUAGUGGGUUCAAUCCACGGGA